AUGCCGGCAACAGCCGACUCGUACUUUGGCAUCGUUUCUCUUAACCCGGGCUCUACACCCAUCCCCUCCCCACACAUGGAGGAUGUAUACGUGUGCACCCUCGCAGCCCACCCCCACCACCACCACCACCACCACUACCACUACCACUGUCAUUGGCGGUUCACUAACCAAUCCCUGUUUCCUCUCCCGUCGCCUACUCCCUUGCGUAUGAAGGCAUGA